AUGAAAUUCGCUGUAUUCUUAUUAAAUCAUAUUAUACCAGAAUGGACUUAAAUGUAUUUGAACUAUAAGGCUAUUAAAGCUUAUUUAUCAACUUCAGGAGCACUUAAGGACCUCUUACUCUAUGCAAAAAAAACAAAGAGCACUCAAAAUUACAAAGAAAUAAAGAAAAUUGUUAUGGAAAAAACUUAUAUCAUUUCAAAAAUACUUGCAGAUUAAAAGGAAUUUAUUAAAAAGUUGAAUUUAGAAAUGUCUAAAAUUAAAUCUUUUGCAAAUGCUAAAUAUAAUGAUUUGAAAGGUAAGACUUAUAAAAUACAAUUGUAAUUAUUAUCAAUGAAUAGAUAUCAAAAAUAAUUAGAGAGAAGUAAAAAGUAUUCAGUUAUCAGAUCAAAUUCUUAAGUAACUGAAGAAUUGACUGAGUAAUUAAAUAAUUAAUAGAUCAAAGUUAGAGAAUUUGAAUUAAAUGAAAAAGCUAAAAAAUUGAAAGAAUUAUGUUUCCAAUUAUAUAAUGAAGGUGUUAAUUUUGAAAAGUAUUUAAAAGUCAAUCAAGAAGCUAUUCGAAAAUUAUUAAAAAAAUAAAAUAAAAAAUCUAUUAAAAUAAACUAAGAAUAAAUGAAUAUAGAUGAAUGUAAGAAAAUGGCUUCAGAAAUCAAUUUUAAUUUAAAAUAAAAUAAAGUGAAAUAGUUAUUAUUUCAAGUAGAGAAGUAUCUAUUAAAACAUUUCUAUCAAACUAAAUAAAAAUAUUGUAAAGAAUAACUUCGUAAAUAUCAAUUUCAAGAUAUUAAAAAUAAUAAGGCAUGGUUUUAAUUCGGCUUAUUCAGUGGCUUUUCAUUUAUGCUAAUUUCUUUCAUUAUAUUCUUAGCAACUCAAAAUUAAUUAAAUAUUUUAAACAACUCUAUUAUUUAUGAAUCAUUCCCUAUUUAUAGAGGAGCAUUAUUGUUUAUACUCUAUUAUUGGUCUUUAACCAUAGUUAUUCAUUUAUGGAAUUUAUCCAAAAUUAAUUAUAAAUUAUAUUUUUGCUUUAAUCAUCAUUUUUCAACAAUAAAUGAACAAUUAAAAAGAGUUAUGACUUUGACUUCAAUCUUUUUAUUAGUUAGUCUUUUUUAUCUCUGUGAUGUUUCAAAAUUAGGUAUAAUAUUUUCAAAUCUUAAGGGAGAAGAGUAUUUUCCUUUAAUAAUCUGGAUCUCUCUUUUAGGAGUUGUUGCAUUUCCUUCAAAGGUUAUUAUUAAUGGGAAAGGUCGUAUAUGGCUUUAUCGUAAUUUAUUACAAUCUCUAAACCCAAGAUAAAUAGAACAACGUCAUUUCUUCAUUGUAAGUCAAUUUACUUCAUUAAUUAUUCCAUUUACUGAUCUAAUUUACACUUUGUGUGAAUAUUCAAAAGGAGUAAGAUAUCCAUUUAUUUUAGAUUUAAAAUCAAGAAGAAAAUGAUAAUAAUUAGUAUGAUGAAUGUUUUUUUGUUUCGAGAUAUUUCACUUUAGCUUUAGUGUUAUUUCCAUAUAUAAUUCUGAUAAUAUAAAUUAUAUUUUUGACUUAAAAAUAAUAUAGUUCAAAUUUAUAUUUAUUUGAAUUCAUCAGAAAUAUAUUAUCAAUUGCACUUAUAACUUUUGCCACUUUAUCAUAUUAAGAAGAAAAUUUUUUUUUUUACUGGUUAGGAAUAGCUAUAUGUAUUAGUUUUUUAAAUAUUUUGUUUACAUUUAAAAAAUGGAACUAUUUAGAUUUAAAAGAAAAUAAAAAAAAGCAAUUGUUAACUUAUAAGCAAAAACUAAUUAUUAUAUAUAUUCCUUUUGCAAUUCUUUAACCAUUAUCAAUAUCUACUUCAAUAUUUGGUUGUUUCGAUAAGACUGAAUAACAUAGCCUUCUAAUAUUAUAUAUUGGAAUAAUUGAAUUAAUAAGAAGUAAAUAUAAAAUAAAUUGAUAUUUAGGAAUGAUAAUAAAUUAUUAUAAUGUUGAUGCAGAGCACUUUAAAAAUAAAUAAAAAUAUUAGACAGUUGGUCAGUAUGAAUUUCCAUUUGUAGAAUGUUGUACUAAGAUACAAAAGAAACAGUUAUUGUAAAAUAAACUUUAAUUUAUCUAAGAGAAUAUGAAUCUGAAGAUAGUGAUAAUGAAUCCAAUGAUAAAGAUAUAGUAUAAGAAAAAUAAUUUGAGAUUGAAAUUAUUCUUUCUCAAAAUCAAACUUAAUAACAAAGAAGAGGAGAACUUGAACUUUUUAUACAGGGUCAAUAAACAUCUAAUUAAUUUAAGAGUUUGUAGGAUCCAAUCCAAAAAUAAGUUAAUUAAUUAAAAAUAACUGAAUUGAUAGUAAAGGAAUCAGAAAAAGCUUUAGGUGACAGUUUUUUAAAUUAUGAUAUAAAUAAUUUUAAACCAGAUGAAUUAAAUAAAUUGAUAGAUUAUCAAUAGAUAUCAGAGGGUGAUUUAUAAAGCUUGCAUAUUAGGAACAAAAAUUCCAAAUAGGAAAUAAAUAAGUUGUUUGAAGAGUUUGGGAUAAAAAUAACAUAAUGA